AUGAACGAGACGGCCCAAGAUCUCAUUGCCAAGAUUGAGUUGCCCUACGACCCGGUUGCCCUACAGCAGGAAGGCUUCGAUGUUUCCAAUACUUUCGUCGGCAAACUGGCACCCGACGGCAAGGCAUGGAUCGUCUCAGAGGCGCAAAGAAACGUUCAUGUGUCGGAAAACAAGACCCGUAUUAUCAAGAUGACAUCUUUAGACGGCGAAUACAUGCUGCUGGGACGUAAGUCCGUGGACAACUCCAACAUAUUCGUACAAUACGGACAGGGUGCCACACGGACAGUCAACAUCACCGGCGGCCCUGGCAUUCAAGAGGCAGAAUUUGUGGAUGGCCUGCGGUUCAGUGUGGCUGCAACAACACCCUUCAACAUGAAUGUUGAUAUUCCCAAUGGAGUUGAUCAGGCUGCUUUACCAGAGAAUACAAUACCCCUCAUCAACCCAGACAUGCUUGCCGCAAAGGCACCGGAUCGAAAGCCACAGCAGCUAGUUGUUGCUAGGCGUGCACUUAGUGCCAGCUCAACAGAGAAAUUCUCGGCGCUGGAGAAGCAGAGACUCAACUGGUCCACAAAUAUCAUCAAUGUCGAAAAUGUUCCCCAGCUUGAUGGGCAAUAUAUACUCGUCAUCAUGGGUGAUGGCUUGGGAGAUGCAAGAGAGGACGAUGAUUGA